AUGUUGGAAGGACUGAUCGCAACGUUGAUGAACCGAUUCCUGGGGAUGUACAUCAAAAACUUUGAUAGUAAACAGCUGAACGUAGGAAUAUGGAGCGGGGAUGUGAAGUUACGGAACCUGGAGUUGAAAAAGGAGGCCUUAGAUCAAAUGAAGCUGCCUCUUAACGUAUCAGAAGGUCAUCUAGGGCAAUUGACUUUACAAAUCCCAUGGAAUAACCUCAAAGGGAAGCCGGUUAAAGUAAUCAUCGAGGAUGUGUACUUACUAGCAGCCCCAAAGGCCGACCAGGAGUAUGACGAAGAGGAAGAGGAACGUAGACAACAAGCCGUAAAACAGGAAAAACUUCGGAACGCAGAACUUCUGCAAGAACGAAGUACUGAAGGAAUGUCUGAUGAGGAGCAACAAAAGAAUUCUAGUUUUACCAACAUCAGGAAUAUUCAUAUAAGAUAUGAAGAUUCCAUUAGUACUCCGGGGCAUCCGUUCGCGCUUGGAUUUACUCUCGAAGAGUUUUCCGCCGUAUCUACAAAUGAACACUGGGAGCCAAGCUACGUUCAAGACGAUGCCCCAGUAACCCACAAACUUGCUAAACUUGGGUCGCUCGCUGUUUAUUGGAAUACCGAUGCAGAACAUUUUCGCGGCGGCAAAAAGCCUAAAACUCAUGACGAAAUAAUAGAGGCGUUCAAAGGACUUAUCGCUAGUGGCGAUCACAUUCCAGAAGAUCAUCAGUUUGUUUUGAAACCAGUGAGCGGGGAGGGCCGUAUUGAGAUGAGUAAAACCGGUAAACCAGACAGGCCCAAAUUGAAAGCUCAAUUGAUAUUUGAUGAGAUUGGAUUCAUUCUUGACGAGGAUCAAUAUCGAGAUGUUCUUAUGAUGGUCGAUCUCUUCCAUUUUUACAUUCGUCACCAACAGUACAAGAAAUACCAGCCCAAGGGCGUUACACCAAAGGAAAAUCCAAGGGCCUGGUUAAAGUUUGCCACAGACGCUGUACUGGCUCAGAUUCAUGAGAAGAACAGACAGUGGUCGUGGGACUACUUUAGGGAGAGACGGGAUGAUAGGAAACGCUAUAUUGAACUUUUCAAGAAGCAAAAGAAAGAAGACCUACUAGAUCUGGACGAGGAGGAGGAGUUAAAAAAGCUGGAAUGGAAACUGUCCUACCAAGAUUUAAGGUUCUAUCGUUCACUAGCCAGGAACCAGCUUAGGAAAGAAAGGGCGUUGGUAAAGAAACCCGAGGAACAGCAGAAACCGCAGGGCUGGGUGGCAUGGGUGUGGGGGUCGGCCCCCAAAAAAGAGGAGGAACACGGUUCUAGUGAAGUCAUGACGGAGCAACAGCGCAAGGAAUUAUACGAUGCUAUUGAUUGGGACGAGAAAAAGAUCAUUGCGGAGUCUAUUGACCUUCCUCGUGAAACAAUUAAAAUGCAGAUCGAGGCGAGUUUAAGGACGGGAAGUUUUACCCUCAAAAGAGAUCCACACGGGAAAGGAACGGAGAUUCUGUCUCUGCUUUUUGACGCUUUUCAGUCGAGGGUAUUGCAGCGCCCGGAUUCCUUCUAUGGGGAGCUUAGUCUUGGGGGCCUCAGAGUUUAUGAUGGCACAACCCCAGGUUCUCUAUUUCCACAGAUCGUAAGAAUUAAAAACCAGCCAGCGCCUCCCGUGGAACAUCAUAUCGAAGAAUUGGACGACGAGCAAACAUCGGAACAACAGCUUCAGAAGGAGUUGGAAGCUCCUUUCUUCGAGGCUUCGUUUGAACAAAACCCCCUCGAUGAAAGUGCUGACUCUGCAAUCACAAUGAAGAUGAGGAGCAUGGAAAUCAUAUAUAACCCCCGUUUUGUUGAAGAGAUAUUCAAGUUUUUCAAACCACCGGAGCGACACAUGGAAAGUAUCGGCGCGCUGAUGGAAUCUGCUGGUGCCACCGUGGAAGGAAUUCGACAACAAACACGGGCUGGUCUGGAGUUUGCGUUGGAAGAGCACAAAACACUUAAUGCCAAACUGGAUCUACAAGCUCCUUUGAUUAUUAUUCCCGAGAGCUGUACUGAAAAAAUGGCUAACUGUUUAAUCCUUGACGCCGGUCAUGUCAGUAUAACGAGUGAUCUGGUAAAGAAGUCCGAUAUCAAAGAAAUACAAUCAAAACAGAGGCAAAGAUACAAUGACGAAGACUUUGCUCAGCUUGAGCGAUUGAUGUACGACAAGUUCUCCUUGAAAUUGGAAUCAACGCAGGUUCUUAUUGGGCCCUCUAUCGAAGAAACUGUUGCCCAGCUUCAAAAGGGUUCUGACAGGAAACAUCUUCAUAUUGUUGAUCGAAUUAAUAUUGAUUUUACUGUUGAGAUAUCGAUCCUUCCAAAAGCACCGAAUCUCACCAAAUUCCGGCUUUCGGGACAUCUUCCGGUUCUCCAUGCUUCCUUAUCAGAUAAGAAGUAUAAAGCCCUAAUGAAAAUCAUUGACGUGGCAAUUCCGAACCUCGAUGAUAGCGAACCAAGCACAUUGGAAAAACCAACAAAGCCACAAAUUCAGGAAGCUCAACCCGAAGGAUAUGCAGAACUCCGGCGUCCAAGUGCCUUUCAGUUCUCUGCACAGAAGGAGCUGGUAUUAGAUGAUGAUAGUGACUCUGAUGACGAGCAUGAGCAAUUUGAAGAGGCAUCAGACGGGAUUCCAGAUGAUUCGCCAAGCAUACAUCAACGAACAUUUGAACUCAAGUUUACUGUGGGGGAGUUACGGGGAUCACUUUUCAGGGCAGAUCCCGAAGGGGAAAGUCCAGACAAAGAGUUGGUUCUUUUGGUUGCAGAACAUUUUGCCUUAGAUUUCUACAUUAGGCCAUUCGAUAUGGGAGCGGAAGUGGUCCUCAAAUCAUUGAACGUCGAGGAUCUGAUUGAUGAGGACCCAUCACCGGAUUUCAAACGUAUAAUUACUUCUGACGCUAUGCAAGAGCAGAAAAAUGACAACCCACUAUUCUUCGUCAAGUACGUCAAAGUCAAGCGCGAAUCACCAGAGUAUAUGACCGUUUUUGAAGCAAUUGAAACGAAUGUAGACGUAUCUAUCUCAACAAUUAAUGUGGUUGUAACACGAAAAACACUUCUCACCCUUCUUGAUUUCAUUAUUACAACGUUCACGAAUCCCGGUGCACCACCUGCACCACCCCAACCCCGAAGAAUUGAAGACCUGAAGGACGACAAAGAAGAGCAGGUAGAUCAGACUUUGGCUAAACUUGCUCCCGAGGCCGACAAAAUUCGCGUCAAGAUUGAUUUGGAUAGCAUUGCACUCAUCUUGAAUAAUGAUGGAAUUCGUUUAGCUACGUUGAGUCUUGCGAAGGCUGAUGUCGGAAUUUUUCUUAUGGGGAAAACUAUGCGAGUCGGAGCUCGUCUUGGAAACUUCUCCCUUUUUGACGACAUUAACGAAGGUGCGGGCGAAGCGUCGCCAUUGCGUCAAUUAAUUAGUAUUCAAGGAGAGGAGCUUGCUGAUUUCCGAUAUGAAACUUUCGAUCCUGAUGUGAAGAGCUCGUACCCUGGGUACAAUUCAUCCGUUUACCUUCGCUCUGGUUCAAUUAAAAUAAACUUUGUGGAGGAACCAUUCCGAAAAAUCAUUCAGUUUGCAGUCAAGUUUGGGAAGAUGCAGGCUCUAUUCAAUGCGGCUAGACAGGCUGCUGUUAAUCAAGCUAGUACACUGCAAGAAAAUGCCGACAAGAUGCAUUUUGACAUUAUAGUUCGAACACCGAUUAUUGUUUUCCCCAGGAUACUCACAAAAGAUAGUAUAGAGCGGGAUGUUCUGACAGCAUACUUGGGAGAGCUUUAUGCUCAGAACAAGUUCGUUCCACUUGAAGACAGUGAGGAAUCAGCAAUUGUAAAUAAAAUUUCGGCCGGUAUCAGGAAAACUCGGCUUACAUCUGAGCUCCACUUCGAAGAUGGCCGGAAGGAACUGCUUGAGCUGCUUGAUAAACUGGACCUCACAUUCGCAGUCACAUAUAUGGAACACAUUGAGAACACAAAAAGGCCAGACUUAGUGAUAGAGAGUGGUAUGUCGGAUCUCAACUUGAAAUUGACCCAAACGCAAUUCAAAUUUCUCCUGGAGCUUUCUCGGUCAAUCCCGGCCGUGUUUGCUGGCGAGCUAGAUGAAGAAAAUGUCAUUGAGGAAUUGCCUUCCGAAACUUCAGAGCCGGCUAAAGAAGUGAUGGCGGAGAAAAAUCAAGAGUCUUCAAAGUCAGAUCAAGUUGUACAUCUGAAUCCUGAAUUAGGGGUUGGGUCAGAUACCUGGACUAAGCUCGACAUGGUCUUCGAUGUUGGCAGCAUUGGAUUGGAGCUCUUCGUCUCUGAUCCCAAUAGCCCCAUCGAGGACCUCGAAGCAGCAAGUUUGUCACGAGCAUCAUUGAACAAAACACAUGUUAAAUUGAGGAUGAUCAGCGAUGGUUCAAUCGAGUCAGAGUUAUUGAUUGAGUCCUUCAACAUUGAGGAUAGUCGACGCCAAGAAUCCAACAAAUUCCGCAAAUUCAUGUCUUCAACUAAUAAGGACGGAUCCCAGUUUAUGGCUAGCUUUACGCUCUCCGGUGGAAUUGAGAGAAAUCUUGUUGCACUCCUUACAAUCGAUAGCCCUAGGAUCAUUUUUGCACUUGACUAUAUAUUUGCAGUUCGAGACUAUGUGAUGUCUGGAUUGGAAACAGAGGAAGGUACAUUGGCUGAAGCUCUUGAGGAGAGUUCGGGCAGUGAAGAAGAUUCGGACGAGAGUAAUAUGCGGCUCGCGGUUCCAUCAGACCGGAAAAUACAGUCGAUGGAAACCUCGAAGACAGUAAAAAAGAGCGAUAAACCAAGUCCACAAACCCAACAAGGGAUCAAUAUAUCCUUUCGUGUUAACAUCGUCGACUCGCAAGUUAUCCUCAUUGCUAAUCCGGCAAUCGCUAAUUCUGAGGCAAUCGUUCUCGGCACGAAACAGAUCUUGUUAUCUCAACAACAUGCAUUGACGCUCCAGGUUGAAGAAGUUGGGAUGUUCCUUUGCAGAAUGGACAAAUUUGAGACUAGUCGUCUUCGCAUUCUUGAUGACUUCACCUUAAACUUCUCUAUGGACAGUCGGACCCUCAGUCAAUUCCAGUCGGUUCAGAGUAUCCGCGUCGAUGUUGAGCCGCUGGUCCUCAGGGUAUCGCUCAGGGAUAUAUUGCUGGCAACUCAGAUUUUCAAUAAAGCCUCCGAAAUGUCUACUUCCAAACAAAGCUCUGAGGCUCAAACUUCAGAACCGACAAAGAUAAAGCAGUUAAAGGGGUCAGGCAAAUCUCUGAAGCGGAGAACACCAAGUGGCAGAGGAGUUUCAACCAUGGUCAAAAAGGGAGCAAAGUCAUUCACUACCAGUAGGAGCAACGUUUCACAAAGAGGUGCACCUACUGGGGGUGGUUCAACCAUUGUCAAAAGAGAAGAAUUGACUGCAGAGUUUAAUGGUAUGAGAGUUAUAUUGAUCGGCGAUCAACACGAGCUGCCUCUAUUGGAUCUAAGUGUGAAGAAAUUCACUGCCAGGGUUAGGGAUUGGUCGGGAGAGAUGGAUGCCGAUACUAAUAUAGAGACAUUUGUAAACAUUUAUAAUUUCUCAAAAUCAGCUUGGGAGCCUCUGAUCGAGCCAUGGCAGCUUGGGUUUCAUAUGUCUCGAAUGGCAAAUCCGGAGAAGUUCUCGAUUGACCUGGUCUCACGAAAGACUCUUGAAGCCACCAUCACUUCACAGACCAUUGCCCUUGCCUCGAAAGCCGCACAAUUCAUGCAACAGGAUGAAGAUAUGUUGACAAAGCCCCGUGGGGUUGAUUCUCCAUACCGCAUUCGAAACCAGACCGGUUUUACUUUGCAUGUUUGGGCUGCAUCAGAUUCUACUGAAAACCAAUCAAUGGCAAUCAAGCUUGACGACGGAGAACAAGCACCCUGGAGAUUUGAAGAAUGGGAGAAAAUGCGCGAGAAUUUAAGUCCUGAAGGAUCGAGUGGGAUAGUUGGAAUUAGAAUUGAGAAUUCCGGAUUUGAGAGCCUUGUUGAAAUCCCGGUAAACAAGGAGGGUGAAACAUUGUACACGCUCCGCCCGGCAAAGGAUGGUAUUCUUCAUCGUCUUCUAUGCGAGGUUCACCUUGGAACGGAUAACAUCAAACACAUCACUUUUAGAUCACCGUUGGUAGUGGAAAACAAUUCACAAAUUCCCGUAGAAUUGGGAGUGUUGGAUGCUGAGGGACAGCAUAUUGUCAGAGUCUACAAGGUCUUGCCAGGGGAAAGUCAGCCAGCUCCAAUCGAGGCAGCAUAUCACCAAUCGUUGGUGUUAAGACCAGAUGGCUUUGGGUAUACAUGGUCGCAGGAUCGCCUAGCUUGGAAAAAUCUACUAAAGAAACAAACUCGAUGUAUAACUUGUAAUAGUGAAGAGGGUAACAAUGCGCCUCCAUUUUACUUCCAGAUGCAUGCCAACUUCCAGAAGAACAACCCCAUUACCAAUCUUUAUCCUUAUAUGAAAAUUAGACUGUCCGCACCAUUGGAGGUCCAGAAUCUGCUUCCUUACGAUUUCAAAUUUAGGAUUUAUGAUAGGAAUACAAAGAAGGAAUGGACCAACUUCUUACGCAAAGGAGGAUUGAGUCCGGUGCAUGUGGUGGAACUCUCUCAUUUGCUGCUUAUGAACAUUGACAUGCAGGAUACUGUCUACAACGCCAGCGAAUUUGCAAUAAUAAAUUCAAACGACUCGGAGUUAGCUAAAGAGGACGAUCUUGUAGCAAAGGACAACCAGGGGCUAGAAUUGAGGCUAGGACUUCAUUACCUUCCGAUUCCCGACAGUGGGGGUGCCUUCCGUAUUAGUGUCUACAGCCAUUAUGUUAUUCUCAACAAAACAGGUUUGAACAUGAUGGUCAAGUCAAAAUCACUGCUGCAACAAGCGAAAGCAGCUGCCGGACAAAUUCAAACAGGUUCCGGUUCUUCUCAAAAAGCAGUGCCAUUCUUAUUUUCGUACCCGAGUGAUGAGCGCCAGAAUCGAGCUGUUCUCAGGGUUGGAGAUUCAAACUGGAGUAGACCCCAAAGUUUCGAGGCUAUAGGAAGCGUAACAGAUGUGGUUCUUCCAUCGAUUUCGAAAACAAGUGAAAUCCAUGUUGGUAUAUCGGUGGACGAAGGAGAGGGAAAGUACAACUUGACCAAAGUUGUGACGCUCGCCCCACGAUUCAUUUUGAGGAGCAAGCUUUCUGAAGAUCUUCAAAUUCGGGAACCCGGUGCCGGGUCGACCGAAAUAAUGACAUUAAAACCCGGAGAGUUACUUCCGUUACAUUUUCUGAAGACUGCUCAACAAAAGCAACUUACUUUCCUCUUUCCCGGCAUUAACAAUAGAUGGUCAUCGCCUUUCAACAUAUCUGACUUGGGGUCUACACAUGUAAAGAUGCAUAAGGCGAAUCAACGUCAGUCUCUUAUCAGGGUUGAUAUAUUACAGGAAAAAGCGACUAUUUUCAUUCACAUCAGUCUAGAGAAGAACAAUUGGCCAUACUCCAUGCGUAAUGAGAGCAACCAGGAGUUUACUUUCUUUCAAGCCGACCCUCAUCUGGAUGACGAUGAAGAUAGGCCGACCAACUUUCGACCGAUACUAUACAAGCUGCCGCCCCGAAGUAUUAUGCCCUAUGCAUGGGACUUUCCUGCCGCGAGGAAUAAGGAGUUAGUACUUGUAGUUCGCAACCACUCCAGACAUGUCCGCCUCUCAGAAAUCGGGACCCUUAUACCGUUCAAGAUUGAUAGCGAUACUUUAGGCGAAGAUGGCCGGCCAUUACGAAAAACAAUCGAGAUCAAUGUCAUCGCUGAUGGUCCUACUCAGACUCUUGUCCUAUCCAACUACAAGGCCUCCAAAAGUUUGUAUAAGCCAAAACCAAAUGUAUCUUCUAGUAGCGUCGCGACUGGUUUUGAAGUCAGAGAUGCGGACAACACAGAAACCUUCCAAGCGCAGAUUCGGUUUGCUGGUAUUGGAAUUUCAUUGAUCAAUAGGCAGCUGAAAGAACUGGCCUACAUAACCUUCCGCGAUUUAGAACUGAAAUUCGGCGAGUCUAAACUACAACAGAGCAUCACGCUAUUUAUCAAAUGGAUUCAAAUUGACAAUCAGCUUUAUGGGGGAAUAUUUCCUAUCAUCAUGUAUCCUAGCGUGGUGCCUAAGACGGGCAAAGAGAUAGAUACUCAUCCAUCCCUUCGAUUCGAAGUAACUCGGGUCAAAGAUGAUUCAUAUGGUGUUCUUUACAUUAAAUUGUUUAAUGUUUUGCUGCAACAAAUGACGGUUGAAAUUGACGAAGACUUCAUUUAUGCACUCCUAGACUUCUCGAAGAUCUCCAGCGCAAGUUGGUCUGAAAGAGAGGAGGGAAAGCUGUGUGACGAUGAUUUGGAAAUUCCAGAGCCCAAGACUGUCAGUGCCGGCCAGGACUACUAUUUCGAACAGUUUUGCAUUCAACCCAUGCAACUUGAUUUAUCACUGCUGCGAACCGAGGUUGUCAAUGCUGAGGAUAAGACAACUUCCCGAAAUCCUUUGAUGUUUGUACUAAAUGUCUUGACAAUGGCAAUUGGAAAUGUCAACGACGCACCAGUAAAACUCUCGGCAUUGAUGUUUCCAAACGCCAGGGUUUCUAUGCCAGUUCUACAGCAAAGGCUCGCGGCACAUUACAGUCAAGAAUUUCUUUACCAAAUUCACAAUAUUUUGGGUUCAGCAGACUUCUUGGGAAAUCCUGUGGGCCUUUUCAACAACAUUAGUUCUGGUGUUAUUGACAUAUUUUAUGAACCAUACCAGGGAUUUAUCAUGACAGAUCGUCCGCAAGAACUAGGUCUCGGAAUCGCAAAGGGGGCUACUAUGUUUGUGAAGAAAUCGGUAUUUGGCGUGUCUGACAGCUUCUCUAAAUUUACUGGUAGUAUUUCGAAAGGUCUUUCGGCUGCUACUUUCGACAAACAAUUUCAGGAUCGCAGACGUAUUUCUCGUUCACGUAACCGACCAAAGCAUGCACUCUAUGGUGUCACUCAAGGCGCAAAUUCAUUCAUCACUAGCUUAGCGAGUGGGGUAGGCGGACUGGCACGUAAACCACUUGAAGGGGCGGAACGCGAAGGAGUUUCCGGAUUUUUGAAGGGAAUUGGCAAAGGAGUGGCCGGCUUUGCUACUAAACCUGUUAUUGGAGUAUUUGAUCUUGCAUCAAAUGUUUCUGAAGGAGUCCGCAACACCACCACAGUAUUUGAUGCAGAUGGCCUAGACCGUGUCCGAUUGACUAGACAUAUUGGCCAAGACGGCGUUGUUCGACCUUAUUCUCAGCGAGAGGCUCUUGGCCAAUUUUGGCUGAAGAAUUUGGAUACCGGAAAAUAUUUCAACGAGGAGUACAUUGCACACUUAGAGCUCCCGGAACAGGACGUUGUCGUGAUAUUGACGUAUACCCGCAUAAUGCUUGUCAAGUCGAAAAAGCUAUAUACCGAGUGGGACGUCCAACUCAAGGAUUUGCAGACUAUCAGCAUGGAAAGAACCGGAAUAGUUCUCAUAUUGCGCGGAAAUCGACAGGGUCCAUUUAUUCCAACAAAGGACGAAUCUUCGCGGAAAUUCCUAUUUAAGAAAAUUGGACUCGCAGUAAAUUCGUUUAACAGUACUGCAGCUCUUUCUUAG